AUGGGUAUUCUUUCUAACGCUCCUCAAGGCUUUCCAGAAGCUGUCUCCAUGUUGAAUGCCUUACCUCAAGGGACUACUAGCAGAGAUGUUGAUACAUUAGUAACUGAAUUAAAGAGUUCAUUAUUAUUUCAAGAGAGUUCUAUAGCAGUAUUGAGAGAAGUAUGGAAAAAUGAAGGACCAUCUUUAAUAUCACUCCCAAAACAGACAUUAUCAGUAGGAGAGUUACUCUCUAUGGAUUGGAUGGGCAUGGCUAGGAGUUCUAGUGGAUGUCGUUCACUUAACACACCACAUGUUACAUUACAAUUACAAGUAACAGAAUCACGUGGUAUAGUCCAAUAUCAUAACAUUGAAAUGAGUCUACCAGAAUUCCAUGUACCAAACGAGCCUUUCUCCGAGUGA